UUGAUUUGAAUUAUUAAGCAAUAAACCAUGAUUAGUCAUUUAAGUAUGGCCUGAACAAAACUGAAGUGCUCUUAUCAAAUAGGCUCCAAAUUUAGAAGUGGACAGUAAAUAACUUUAAGAAAAACGACUAGUGCAUGUCUCCAACACCCAGUGGUCUCAAUAAAAUCUCAUACAAUGCAGCACUCCCUGUCGAGCUCGACAAAUCUGAUGUUUAUCAUGCCUUCCGAGGACAGCGAAGUCGAGUGCAACGAAGAAAACAUCGUCAUAGACGAAAUAACCCAAUCAGAGCCCACAUCAGUUAUCCUACGCUACUGUAAAAAAGAGUUUCUCCGGCCGUUCGUGUGCAUCCUGGGCCUGGUUGGACUGCGGCCAAAUGCCGUCGACCGGGAUCUGGCCACCCUGCUGGGACACUUGCAGUCGAUCACGGUGCUGGCGUUGCUGCUCGCUAGCUACGUGCUGCAGUAUCUGUCCGGAUUUCGUCAGCCCCCAGGUCACCGGGUGGUGCAGUGUCACCACCAACAGAAACCGUUUGGCGGUCGGUUCCGGCCGCCGGGUGUCGGUUACAAAUCGCACCGCUAA